AUGGCUAGUAACAAUGAAUAUGAAAUCGCUCUCAUUGACAAUGAAACAGAUGCACGUUUAUGUGCUAAACUAAUAGCAGAAGAAUUUGCUUUACACAAUCCUUUAUCGAUUUUUAAUCAGGUAACAGCUGAACAUUUAUUUGAUAAAUGGCUUUGGCCAUUAAUGAUCGAUGUACUUGAUGAAAAAUUAUCAUUUCUUGUAAGAUAUCGCCCAACGAAUGAAAUUAUUGCAGCAACAAUAGCAAAUGAUCUAUAUUUAGUAUGUGAAAAAUAUCCAUAUGAUCCUUUUAGUCCUGCAUCUAUCGAUCCAAUGGUAGACUUAUUUGAAGAAAUACGUGAUCGAUUUGUUCAUCAUGAUUUUGACCAAAAGUUACAAGCAAAUAUGGUUUUAUGUAUUUCAGCUGGUGCAACACGAUCUCAACAUUCAGGUAAAAGUUUAGGUAUUCAAUUACGUACUCGUAUAUGUGAUCAUGCACGAAAUACAAAAGGAUUCCAAUAUGCAUUUAUAAAAACAAAUAAUCCAGCAACACGUCAUAUUUAUGUUAAAAAAAUGAAUGGAAAAGAAAUGUCAAUUCUUGAUCCAGCAACUUGGGUAUGGAAGAAAAAAGGCGAUGGUUUAUCAUGUCCAGUUAAAGACUAUAAGGGCGAGCCAAUUGUUAAUGUUCUUGUCAAGUUGAACGAACAAAAUUAA